GCUCCAGUCCCUAAUCCGGGGGCCAUUUAGAUUGAGUUAACCGCCGAGCUCGUCGCGCGACGCCAAUCGUGCCUUUGGUUGUGUGAUAAACACAACCUCCGACAAUCCCACCAGCGCCCAUCAUGUCUUUUGCUCCAGGCUCACCCCGGCUACCAAGCCCGCCGCCGGUGGCAGAGAUCCCCAAGUCACCAUCUGGCGGCGCGGCGGCCACUUUACACAUGUCCCAAGCAGAGCAGAGCUUGCUGGAUGCCAAUUCCAGGAGACGCAUACAUCCGGGCACCAAGGCGGCGGACAUGGCGGCCGGUCCGCCCCUGGUAGCCCUCAACGAGCUCGACUCAGCCUUUCAGCUACAGGAGCAUCUCGCUGCGCUUCACCACCACCACACGGAGAGCAAUACGAAGCCCAUCGACCGUGACUCGGCAAUCCAGCUCGCCCAGCCGCCGCCCGGCAUCGACAAGACAUUAUGGCUGUACGAGCUGUGUCGGUUCCUCAUCUCGCAAUGCAACAGUCUCAUCGUUGGCUUCCUGUUCGACUCCCCUCCCUGCAGCGCGAGCACGUGCCCCGAGAUGCGCGCAUCCGAGUGGCAGUUUCUCUGCGCCGUGCACGAACAGCCAAAGAGCUGCUGCGCCAUCGACUACUGCUGCCAUACCCUCGACUGGGCGGCCAACGUCGUGACGGAUCAGAAGCUCUUCCCCAGCCGCUUCGUUGCGCUCACCGACGCGCACAGCAAGAAUGUGGGCGUGAAGAACUUGGUCAAUGUCUUUCGAAGGCUACAUCGUAUCUUUGCGCAUGCGUGGUUCCAGCACCGCAGCGUGUUCUGGUCGGUGGAGGGCCAGACAGGGCUGUACGUCCUCUUUAAGACUGUGUGCGACCUGUACGACCUCCUCCCCGCCGAAAACUACAAGCUCCCACCCGAGGCGGAAGGCCUCGAGGCACCGCAAGCCGAGCCGGAGCCGGAGAAAUCUACACCGACGAUUAUGAAGCCUCCUCAGCAGCAGCAACAACAAUCAGAGCGUGAGCACGGGCCGUCAGAGGGCAGCGACGGCGCUCACUCGUUCGGGCGUACGAACACUCGACGACACAUUCGGAGCAGUCCAUCGACAGGCAGCGCGGUCACAACGGUGAUGGAAUCGGCGGAGGAGGAGGACACUGAUGGCAUCUCGCGCAAGGUGAGGGAUCUUCAUAUCUCAGCCCCGGACACCCUAAGCGAAGAGCCCGAGACGGCGGAUGUGCCCAUGAUGGUGGAGGAUGCUGGGUCGCCUCGUACAGCAGCCAUGAAGGAGGCGAUGCUCGACGAUGGCCAAGCCGCGGAUGAUGAUGGCGAUGCCGCGUCAGAAGCUGAUCAAACGGUGGUUGACACUGGCGUUGAAGAACAGGAGGACGCCAAGGACGAGGAGGCGUCCGAAAAGGAGCAAGAAGCUGUGAAAGAUGGGAAAACUGAGGACGGGGAACCCGAGCAGUCUCAAGAGCAGCCCGAGACCACUGGCGCAGCCGCUCCUAGUGAGGAAAAGUCGGCGGAUGACGAGGCUGACGCAAAGUCAACGGAUGAGUCCAAGAAAGAAUAGACAUGAUGCAGAGGCACUGGGAUAUUUUCAUCCAUGGUUCACGAGUAUAUUGGAGCUUGGGAAGGUUUCACAGGAGCCCGUCGUGGCAGGCGCUUUGUCACUUCAUAGUACCCAACUAAUGUCCUACCACUCCAGAUGCGGAGCUUAACGCUGGUCUCGUCCGUCAUUGGCUUGCAAUCUCCAUCUGUGCAAAGAGCUCAUACAAGAACUUGGCUUCCCGCACGUCCUGCUGCUGCGCCGUGCGGGCAACGUCGUUCCGCUCAUCGGCAAACUCCCGUACCUUGCGCAGCAUGGGCGUGAAACCCUCAUCAUGAGGCAGCCACCAGCGCAUGAUGGACGGAUCAUUCAGAUCGCGAGCCAUCUGCUCGCGGUGCCGGGCAGGCUGUAUACUCCU